AUGGCGAGCGGUAAGAAGAGUGCUUUGCUCUCCUCUUUGGCGGACUAUGGAGACGACUCAGAGCCAGACUCUGACCCCGAAGAAUCAGAAUCAGGGGUCCCUACUGUUGGUCUGGUGUACGGCUACGAUCAAGACGACCUGAACAGAACUGAGGACAUCGAAGACAAAGUGACCGGAGAUGAAGACAGCAGAGAGAGCAACUCGGAAAUGGAGGAAUCAGACGAGGGGAGGGACGCAGAUGAUGUUGAGAUCCCAGAGGCGGAAAAGAAAGACCCCAAUGAGCUGGUUGCGUUAUUCUCAGAGAAAGUGAGGAACAUGUCGCCCGAUGAGAUCCGCAUCCCCCCCGAACCGGCCGGCCGCUGCUCCAGCCAACUACAGGAGAAGAUCCACAAGCUGUACGAGAGGAAGCUCCACGGAGACUUCGACACAAACAGCCACAUCCAGAAAAAGAAAGAAUUUAGAAACCCGAGUAUUUACGAGAAGCUCAUUCAGUUCUGCAGUAUAGACGAACUGGGAACCAACUACCCCAAGGACAUGUUUGACCCUCACGGCUGGUCGGAAGACUCUUACUACGAAGCUCUAGCCAAAGCCCAGAAAGUGGAGAUGGACAAACUGGAGAAAGCUAAGAAAGAGCGGACCAAGAUUGAGUUCGUCACGGGUACGAAGAAGGGCACCAACCCCUCCAGCACUGCAGCCUCCACCACCAGCAACAACACCACUACCACAGCCACAGCAGACGCCCAGAAGAGGAAAAGCAAAUGGGACUCCGCCAUCCCUGUCACCCUGGCCCAACCCACCCUCAUCACCACCACAGCCACCCUCCCGGCUGUCGUCUCGGUUACGACCACCGCCAGCGGCACCAAGACAACCGUCAUCUCGGCGGUGGGAACCAUCUUAAAGAAAGCGAAACAGUGAAACGGCGACUUGACACGAAGCUGGAAGCGUUUGUCCCUGUGCUCAUUAUACAUGUGAAAGGUUCUAACUCAACCUACAAACUCCCUCUGAUACUGACGGACUAAUUUAAAGACUCAACUGCCUUCCGACUGUGGAAAUGUCCUGAAUCCACAUCACCCUUCAUCUCCCGCUCCCGCUGAAGCCGAGGAUUAGUCCAUAUUUGUUUUUAAUAUGUUGGCAACAGUUGUUAGGGUAAAGAUACAAGACAUCAGAACAUUAAAAAAAAUACACGUACAUACAGUUUCUGAGAAAUAGUUUAUUUUUCUAUCCAUAGUUACGGUGCAGUAUUUUCACACCUCCUGUAACAGUUUGUGUAAUAGCUCGACAUGUCCCAUUCUUUUUUCCAGCUCUUUUUUUUUUUCAUGACGUAAGGUUUUUUUACUCUUGUACAUAUAUGUAUUACUGAUAAGGUGAAUAAAUGGA